AUGAAGGUGCUUACUGCUCUAGUAGUGUUCACAGCCGUGGUCACGAUUUGCUCUGCUGUCCGGCGUGUGCCAUUCGAUGUGGAGGAGUCUCAGUUUGCCUAUCAACUGAAAACCUUUCGCGAUACUUUGGAUGAGUGUGCCGAGUAUUUGGAAGUGUCUGGUGAAGCCGUUAACCGUCUUGUAGCGCAAAACUUUAUCACCCAGGAAAAAGAGUUGAAGUGUCUUAUUCGAUGUGCCGGUAUCAAUGCCGGGUGGUGGAAUGAUACCACUGGGAUACAAGGACCAGUCAUCGAAAGCUACUUCCAGCCAGCGGCCGAUGAUACGUAUUAUGCCAGACGCACUAAAGAAUGUAUCAACAGCCAGGUCGCUCCGUGUAAUGAUGAUUGCUCCAGGGCUUACGAAAUAUUUUUAUGCUACUAUCACCAAUGGGGUAACCUUAAAGGCAGUGAGCAAUAUAUUCCACUGACGGAUUUGGAACAAGUUCAAUCUGCCAUCGACUGUAUCAAUAUUCUACGCAUUCCUUCAAAUCUGCUGGAACAGUUUGCUCAAGGCAUUGUCCCAGAUGUACCGGAAACUCGAUGCCUGUACCGCUGCCAGUACAUAGCUGAGGGAGCUUACGACCCAUCCAGUGGAUUCAAUCAGCCCCGAUUGUACGCCCGCGAAGCCUUGGUUCCCAGUUCGGAAAUACUUUCGGAUAGCACCAAAUCAUGCCUUGAAAAUGCUCUGCGUGGAAGCGGAGACGAAUGCACUCGAUUCUGGCGUGCCAGAAAAUGCUUUAGUGACCUUGGCGUACCGAAUCACACCGCCAAUAUCCUGAGAAACGCAGCAGAAGCUAUACUUGGUCCGAAACCAGGUUACAAUGUGCCAGAGCCUAAUCAAAGAUACAAUUCCAUCCCAUCGUACCCGCAGUAUGGCUACAACAACUGA